AAUUAUCGUUGCGACAUUAUUUCAUCGCGAUUCCCAAUUACUUUACCUCUUAGUGUUGCGAUAAUAAAUGUUCGGGUUUCUUGAAGUAGCGUUGCGUUUACAAAAUGCCCAAAUUCUUCCACCUGGAUUUAUGGAAGGUUGUUCCUGUUCCUGGAUCACCUGAUGUAGUUACAAGAACUGCACAGAGAUGGUCAUUCAUCAGCAACCUCUAG